AUGUCAAAGCAAUUUUGGCAGCCUGGUCUACAGCCGAGCACCUCACAAGAUUUCUAUGAUUACAGCAUUAAGCCAUUUGCACAACCACCAUAUCCCGCCGGCAAACCAUCAACAGCUGUAUCUGGUGAUAUUGAAGCAGGUCUUCCACCAGCACAACUGCCAUGGGAAGGACGAGCGAUAGCGACGCACAAAUUUAGGCUACUAGAGUUUUCUGCGUUCAUGGAAAUGCAAAGAGACGAAAUAUUUCACCGGCAUUUGUUUGUACAGCUUGGCGGCAAACCAUCAUUCUCCGAUCCAUUACUUGAGGCUGUUGAUAUACGGCAAAUCUCCGAUAAAUUCCCAGAGAAAUCGGGUGGUCUUAAAGAUCUCUAUGAAAAGGGUCCACAAAAUGCAUUUUACUUGGUAAAAUGUUGGGCGGACUUAAACACCGAUAUUACAGGCAGUGAAACAGGCGACUUUUAUGGUGUAACCAGCCAAUAUGAAAGCAAUGAAAAUGUUGUGCUCAUUUGCUCCACAAAAGUUUGUUCUUUUGGUAAGCAAGUUGUGGAAAAAGUGGAAACGGAAUACUCACGUUUGGAAAACGGUCGUUUUGUGUACCGCAUUCAUCGUUCUCCCAUGUGCGAAUACAUGAUCAAUUUUAUACAAAAAUUAAAGAAUUUACCUGAACGUUAUAUGAUGAACAGUGUACUGGAGAACUUUACAAUACUGCAAGUAAUGCAAGCCCGCGAUACACAGGAAACACUGCUAUGCAUAGCCUACGUAUUCGAAGUGGCAGCACAAAAUAGUGGCGCAACUCAUCAUAUCUAUCGUUUAAUAAAGGAAUAGCAUGAGCUCCAACUGCCCACACUA